AUGUCCCCCAGCCUCGCCAGGAAGGUGCCGUGGUCGUCGCCGGCCGAGUUUAUCGGCGUGUUCGACCUGCUCUUCUCCGCUGCCGACCCGCUCGCCAGCCAGCCCGUUGCACUCAACCACCUCUACGCCUGGUCCAUCCGCUCGCCCUCCAGUCUGCCCCCGGCCAUCGAAGCCACACAUGCCUUACUCUCCCUCAUCCUCCCACCCGCGCCCAAUGUCCAGCAGCAGCGACUUGGCCUUGCCAUGGCCCUCUCCCGGCUCGUCAACAGUCUCGUAGAUCCGCUCCAGAAGGGCAUGUAUGCCCGCAGCAUCUCUCAGAUCGCGUCCGAACUCGGUCUCCCCCUGGCCCUCGUCCAACUCCGCCAUCGAGCCACCCACGAGGACUUGCCCAGUCUGACCAUCCUGCUCGAAUCCGCCAACCUCGCUCUCGAUUGGCUGUAUACCCAUUAUUGGCUGCCAAGGUUAAACGAUAUCGAAGGGACGGGACAGCUGAAGCAACAGACGACCAGCUCGCUCGAAGGCUUAUUGAUCUCAUUCAAACGGGCCAGGAAAGCGGCAAUACUCGAUAACACCCAAACCGACUUCCUCCAACUCCUGCCUCAAAUCGACCGCUGGAUCGGAGCGGCUUCCCGCGAGAUCAGUGGGGAUGGAAGUCAGAGCAGACUCGCAGAGGAAUUCGGACAAGCCGACCAUCGCCCGUUGGCUGCGCUUUGCUCCAUCUUGGCCCAACCUCAGAUGCUCGUCCCACAAUCCGUCAAGAAGCGUUGUCAAUCACUAAAAGAUCCAUUACCCGAACCUUUGAAGGAGCUCUACGAACCCUUAAUCGACCAUCUCGUCCAAUCAUAUCCUCAACUAUUCAUCCAAUCGCUCAUCAUCACACUCUUGGACAUCCUCUCCGCGAUCCCAGAGGAAGCUAGUAAGAGCAAGCAUGGCGACUCUACCUAUUACUAUACCUGCGCUGCCUGGCUGGUUUACCUCUUGCUCCGGCCCGAUGGCGCACUUGUGGGGCCAGAAGCUCUCAGAAGCCUGCUCAUCAAACCAAACCAAUACACGCUGUCGGUCGUUGAAAGGUUAAAAGAAGCCAAUCAAUCAGACUGGUUUGUUGACACCACGCUCUCGCCCUUGAUCGACCUCCUGCAGAAGACCCAAGAGGACCGGCAAAAGAUAGCGCAUGACGGAGCUCAGCCGGACGAACUGAUUGAGACCCGGAUUGCGGCGAUGAAACAGAGAUGGCAGUGUCUGGUUGCCAAAGAUGACGAGGUCAUUGUCGAGGGUGGAUCCGCUUGGAGUCUCGUUCCCGAGGCUAACUGGGUGCCUUGUCCUAUCGGCUGUCUACCCGACCGCACCGUCCCCGAUCUGUACAAAUCUUUCACCUCUCCCUAG